UUUCCCUCCUGCAGAGCACCGAUCAUCGGCCUCAGCAGCAGCAGCCAUGGCUCACGGAUGGGGAUACGGAUCGAGCAACGGACCCGACACCUGGGGGGAGGAAUACCCGCUGGCUAACGGCCCCCGGCAGUCCCCCAUCGACAUUGUGACCAAGGAGGCCCAGUAUGACCCGUCGCUGAAGCGUCUGAAGCUCCAGUACGACCCGUCCAACGCCAAGGGCAUCCUGAACAACGGACACUCCUUCCAGGUGGACUUUGUGGACGACACGGACAGCUCCACGCUGACUGGAGGCCCCGUCCCUGGAACCUACCGUCUGAAGCAGUUCCAUUUCCACUGGGGGGGCAGAGACGACCGAGGCUCUGAGCACACCAUCAACGGCAUCAGGUUCCCCUGUGAGCUCCACCUGGUCCACUGGAACACCAAGUACCCCAGCUUCGGGGAGGCGGCCGAUAAGCCCGACGGACUGGCUGUGGUGGGGAUCUUCCUGAAGAUCGGUGCAGCCAACCCCCGCCUCCAGAAGGUUCUGGAUGCUUUGGACGCCAUUAAGACCAAGGGGAAGCAGACCACCUUCUCCAACUUUGAUGCAAGAACUCUCCUUCCUGCUUCCCUGGAUUACUGGACUUAUGAGGGCUCUUUGACCACCCCACCCCUGUUGGAGAGCGUCACCUGGAUUGUUCUCAGGGAGCCAAUAAGUGUCAGCCCUGCACAGGUGAGAACCCCCCAAAACAGCACAUGGAGGUCAGACUGACUCAGCUCACCAGAA